GCAAACAUCGAUGUCUCGCUCGAGCCUGAAGGUGCUGGCAUAAAUAUUGAAGAUACCUGCGUUCUCGAAGGCUGGUGAGUGCCACAACACGGUCAACAUGCCAGACAAAACGAACAUACUUCUGCUGGUUCUGCAAGCCCUAGUGCUGGCAGUGUCGGCGUCUCCUUCCACUGCGUGUGGUGACAUUGUAAACCACAAGGACGCCACGUUCAUCAUUUUCAAUGCGUCGCAAGCGUACGACUGCCUGAAAAGCGUUCCAUUCAAUCCAGACGUUGCUAGUCGUCUCAUUCAAUAUUGGAACGACACAAUCCAAUUUCACAGCACCAUAGCCUACCUUGCAAGCCCACCACCAGACUACCAGCAGCCGCGGGUGGAUCUCGUUGCCGGAUUAGCUGAAAUCAAGAGUUACAUCGACCAGGGAUUGUUCCAUAAUCAGUACGCGUUUGAGGCCACCCUCAAACUGCUGCUCAAUGCUGCACAUGAUGAUCAUCUCAGUAUGACUGGAGGCAUUCUUUCCACCUUCACCUUUGGAUCUCCGUAUGAUCUUGUAUCUGUGUCUUUGGACGGAAAGCAGCUACCGAAGGUGUACGUUGCAAAUGAACUUCUUGCCAACGAGACAGCAGGGCUACCGUGGCAGCCGUCAGCCAUUGCCACCAUAAACGAAAAGAAUGCCACUGAAUUCUUGGAAGACUUUGCCGCUCGACAAUCUGCUGGAAAGCUCGAGCCUCACGCGGACUGGAACAUGCUGAUGCGGAGUGGCGCGUUGGAAGCCCAGGGGCUCCUGGAAGUCUUCUAUGGAGCUGCUUCCUUGUACCCAGGCGAGUCAAUCAAACUUGUGUUUGAGAACGGCACAGUGCGCGCCCCUGUUCCCUGGCAGGCUGUGUACCUUGGCCCCGAGUAUACCGGCCCCUUGGAGACCGGUGGGGACUUUUACAACUUUUUUGUCUUGGGUAAUCCCCCGGCAUCUUACAACAAAACUCUGCACCUCUCCUCGCAGCAAUCUGCAUCGAGUACAUCGGUCGCAGCGUCUGAGCCUACCUCAGACUCCAACUCACGUCAGAAAUUGUGGGACUCGGCAUAUCCGCCUCAGCCUGAUGUUUUCCAACAAAACCAUGCUUCGGAUGCUAAAACGCUGCUGAGAGGGUACUUCCUACGGGAAUCCUCGCUGGCUGUUCUGAGCAUUCCCAAGUUCUCUUCAAACGGCAACAAAGAGUCAAAGACGUUUAUUCAAACAAUCAAGGACUUUCUCGAACUCAGCAAGAAGGCGGGUCUGAAGCGAGUCAUCAUUGACGUGCAGCAGAACAAGGGUGGACAGCCUCUGUUGGCCAUUGAGACAUUCAAGCUGUUCUUUCCUUUGAAAAAACCGUUCACUGGCAGCCGUAGGCGCAGAAGUCCGAUGGCAGAUGCCUUAGGUUCGACUUUGACGCCAUACUGGGAGACAUUCGCCCCAAACAACAGCUCAUUAAUCAGUAACGAGUGGGUCGUAACCAGUCGACUGGAUGUACAGACAGGACAGGAAUUCACCUCGUGGGAGAACUACUUCGGUUCGGCAGCGUCCUAUGGCAAAGACAGCUAUACAAAAACGGAAGAAUACAACCUCAGAAACAUGGAAUUCACCCAAGAGGGAGGGAGUAUCAUCAUCGACAGCGGGGGAGACCCCCAGCCUUACGAAGCGAAAGAUAUCAUCAUUCUCAGCGACGGCCUCUGCUCGUCUGCCUGUGCCAUUUUCAUGGAGCUGAUGCACCACCAAGCCAAUGUUUCCACCGUUGUAGUAGGCGGAAAGCCCGACUACUCCCCCAUGCAAGCUCCCAGUGGAACGCGCGGUGCACGAGCAUACGAUACACGCCUGAUAGACGAGGAUAUCAAGAUCGCACAACAAAUGGACAAUAGCACGCAGGAAGUGCUUCCACCGCGGGAUCUCGAUUUCUUGAUCUCUACCGCCAGCGUCAAUCUGCGAGACCAGGUCCGUCACAAUGACCGAACCAACUUACCCCUUCAAUUCGUGUACGAACCAGCCAACUGCAGGAUCUUCUUCACACCAAAGACCUGGUACAAUUACACCAAUCUCUGGAUCUAUGCAGCUGAGGCGGCGUGGCAAAACCCCAAGCGCUGCGUAGCCAGGUCCGACUCAAAAGCCGACCCCGUGCCCGAUAACAUCCCACCGCACGAGAUCCAUAUCGAUGACAAUGAGCGCGUCGCUCCUCCACGUAAACAUCAAACUGUCGACAACCCCUCCAACAACUUACAGGCCGGCCCGCAGGCGUUAACAAGUACAAACGGGGGUAAAUGCGACAACCGCGGCUACUGUCCUGAGAAAUUCAUCUGCGAAAAAGUACAAGUAUGCGGGGACAAGAAAACAACAUAUAAAGAUGAGCGUUGUGUCCGCGGCUGCGGCGACCUCGUUGGGGAAUGCGACCUUGGCUGGGACUGUGAUUACGAAGACAUCCGGGCAUUUCCCCUAGAAGAGAAGAAUCGAAAGACGGUGAAGAUGAGCGGGAUUUGUAAGCCCAAAAACGCGCUUGAUUGCAUUGGGGAAUCCCACCUGAAGUCCGCGGAUGUCGAUGUUCGGAAUGUUGAAGACUGCCUUUGGGAUUUAGACACGGGCAUACAUGAACUCCAUUGUUUCAACUUCAAAAAUGACGUGCAGAGAUGCCAUAUAUUAAACACCUUGGAGGGCUAUUGGCAACCCCAGUCUACUCGCUAUUGCAGUAUGCCAGAUCUCGCGGAGUGGCAGAAAAAUCAAACCUGUUACACUGAAGACCGCCACGCGUCCUAUCAAUGUGGCAAAGAAAAAGUUGUGCGGUUCCACUUCAACGAGGAGCAAGUGUAUUUCGCUAACAUUGAAACCGGUGAGCUUCAUUGGAAUUAAAAUGAAAAGAGAUGGGACACAAUAACGGAAGCCUCGUUUUAGUUGAAGCAUCGAUGGGAAGGGUCGCGAAGUUUUGAAAGCGCCAAAACAUAAUUAACUAAUAUUUGCUUUAUGAUCCCUUCCCUUCUAGGGAUUUCUCUUCUUUUCUUUAUUUUUACGUGUUCUCAACGAAGUGCAUAUCCCUGAGCUUCUGAGAUUCUG